ACGGACAGUCAAAGUCAGUCAGUCAGUCAACAUGGCACUAGGUUGUGCAGUGUUCCUCCUGUUUGCAGGAAUUGCUGCUGUACUGGCAACAACUUAUAAUGUGUCUGUUCAAUGUAUGACAGAUACAAACACCUUCCUGUGGGAAAUCAACCAGAAAAACCCAAAGGAAUAUGCUACAGAAAUGUAUGAUGCAUUUGGGAAAAUGGGCAGUGGUGUUAUAGAUGGAAACGUCAACCAGCCUGGUAUGAUGCAGCAAUGUCGCCGAGCACGUGGCCCCGGCUUCUCUGGACGCUACUGCCAAGUGUUCCUGAAACAGGGCACAGUCCUGUACUUUGUGGGCAUUUGCAUUCCGGACUCCUGUGAGGAAGAUGAUGUCCAAAUGCUGGUGCUGUACGAGAAAUUUCAGUUUGGUCAGAAGUCCUUAGUUCCUCCAUUCCCUCCCAUCCUGGUCAAUCAGUCAGCUCAGGAGAUCAUGAGGACCUACUGUAUGUCCAACACCAUUUACCCAGAUGCAUCAGAUAUCACCUUCCUGUUUGUGCUUUGCCUAAUGGUUGCAGUUCCUCUUGCAGCUACCCUGUUCUCAGCAAUAAUAAGGUGGCAACAGAACAGAGAGGGCAGUCCAAGAGCAGACAGCACUUUUUUACACACUGAUCUGAACCUUUACGGCAGUCUGAAGUCCAGUGGCUCCUCUAGUGGUGGGAUGACUACCUCUGCAGCCCAGCAGCAUUCAGAGAUCAACUGUAACAUUUCAGAACAAAACGUGAGCAGCAGACCAUGUUUUCCUCGAAGCUGUGUGUUCCAGUGUCUUCAGGCGUUCUCUCUUCAGAAUACCACCAAAGGCGUCCUGAGCACCACCUCAUCCAUCCCAGGAGGCGGCUACCCCGUCCUGAACGCCAUCCGUGUCCUCAGCAUUUUUUGGAUUGCUUCUGGCCAUACAACGCAUUUUAUCGCCCUACACAGCCUGGAUAAUUCCAAAAUAUGGAGGAAAACUGUUGAAAGCAGCCCAGUGUAUGUGUUCACCAGCAGUGGCCCUGUUUAUCUGGGUGUUGAUACUUUCCUCCUGCUGGGCGGUCUGCUUAGUGCCAGGUCUCUGCUGGCAUCCAUCCAAAGGGCAGAGGACAAGCUGAGCAUCGCAAUAGUGGCCAAUUACCUCUUCAACCGAAUUAAAAGAGUUCAGCCACUGCACCUGUUCAUUGUGUGUCUUGUCACCGGUGUCUCUUCUGUGGUCCAGUGGGGACCAUACUGGUACUUAUUUCGUGACUUCUGCACAGGCUGUAAGAAGGACUGGUGGGCCAACUUACUACUGAUUACCAAUCUCCUCACAGAACCUAAUAUGUGUGUGCCGUGGGCGUGGUACCUGUCUCUAGACUUCCAGUGUUAUGUCACUACUCCCCUACUGGUUUAUCUUUACAGACUGAACAGGCGUGUGCUUACAAUGGUAUCAGGGGCCCUGCUGCUGGGAACCACUGUGGCCAGUGCCUUUGUCACUGCAGUCCUACACCUGCCAGUGUUUCAACCAUUUGCACUGACACACUGGAAUUAUACCCUGUAUUACUACAUGAAACCCUACACCAGAUAUGGGCCGUUCUUGAUAGGGAUCUUGACUGGGAUAUAUCUGACAACAAAGAAAGUACAACUCCUACAACAAAAGUGGCAGGCUGCACUUGGUUGGUUCAGUUGUCUGGGUGUCUUGGCACUUGUGGUUGGACUGCCCUACAUCCUGCAGGGGGAGCCAUCCUCUCCGUGCGUCCUUCAUGCCCUGUAUCAGGGUCUGCACAGACAGCUGUGGGUGCUGGCUGUGACCUGGAUCAUACUGGCCUGUGAGGAGGGAUACGGAGGGUGGAUCAAUAGUUUUCUGUCCUCUGGUCUCUGGAUUCCUCUUUCCAACAUGAGCUAUGCCUUCUAUUUGACACACCCCAUCAUUAUUAUGAUCUAUAUGGGCUUACAGGAGACCCCGUUCCACUAUACGGACAUCAACAUCAUGUACAUGUUCUUGGGUAACCUGGCGAUGUCGCUGGUGGUCAGCUACGUGUUCGUUGUGCUGGUUGAGAAACCCUUCCUUCUUCUAAAGUGCGGUAGUAAAUUGAGAUAAUCCUGUUAUUUACAGCCACACCUCUGUAUUCAGUUAGACUGUGCUUUGUAGAAGUUGUUCAAUUCUACUAUUUUAAAAUUGAACCUGUUAGUGUCUUUAAAAUAUGUGUU